CGGUGAUUGAUACAGCAGUGGGAGGUGACCACUCUGCCUGGACAGACACUGUAGGAGUAAUAAUUACUCUUUAUUUGAUUUCCAAACACUGGAACAUCAGAUAUAAAGACAGAAACUGAAAGGAGACAUCCUGUUGCCUUCUUUAACAAUACAGACAGGAGUCCCAUCAAGAAGCAGGAGAAUGCAGGCAGGUAACCCAGACAGCCAGGAGGCGGGUACCCUCCCGGGGGGGUUGAGGUUGUGGACCAACAGUUAUGUCAAUGGGGCGGCAUCCACUUUUCUGACGACUUUGGUGACCUUCCCCAUUUACAAGACCAUCUUCAGGCAGCAGCUUCACACAGUGAUGGUACAGGAGGCUUUACAGCAGCUCCACAAAGAGGGGCUCUCCAAAUUCUACAGAGGUGUCCUGCCUCCUCUUCUGGGUAAGACAGUGCAGGGGAUUGUGCUGUUCGGCACUUAUGACACAGUACUGCACUGGAUGUCUCCCCAGGCCACUCUGAACAGGCCCCAGUCCCUUUAUCAUUGCUCCCUUGCAGGGAUGCUAUCUGGAUUUAUCGAAGCUCUGGUCCUGACUCCCUGUGAGAGAGUCCAGAAUGUGUUGCAGGACAGCCGCAAGGACGCCAGGCUGCCCACCAUCCGCAGCAUCCUACAGGAAUUCAACUCGUACGGAGUGGGGAAGAGACUGAAGCUGGGGUAUUACAGGGGCCUCUUCCCCAUUAUUUUCCGAAACGGCCUGGGCAGUGCCCUCUACUUCGGCUUCAAGGACCCCAUUCGUGAUGCCCUGUCGGAGAAGGGGCUGCCCAGCUGGCUCUCCUCCUUUGUUUCAGGGAGUGUCAACGGCAUGGGGGCCAGCCUCCUGCUCUACCCCCUGAGCGUGCUCAUCACCAACAUGCAGGCGCAGGUGGGAGGGGAGGUGCGCAGCACAGGCCACUCCUUCAGGGCACUCUGGGAGUCCCGUCAAGGCAGGGUGUCCUUGCUGUACCGUGGGGGCUCUCUGGUUAUAUUCCGCUCCUGCAUCACCUGGGGACUGACUACUGCCAUCAACGAAUCCCUAAAAGGAAAAUAGGGAGAAACUGAAAGGGGAGGGUAAGGGCCAGUCAGCAAGGGACUGUCUCUCACCUUCUUUCAGGACACAUUGAUGGGAUAUCUUGACCAAGUUCAUUCUAAAUGUCCACUUCCUUUCAGCUUGGUACAUUAACUGCACUAGAACACUAGUUUUAAACUAUAUAUACUAUACUCGUUGUCUACCUUUGGCAAGUCAGUCUCUCAGGCAAGGAGGUUAGAACUGAGCAUAUCAAUACCUCUGCCAAAAAUUUACAAAAAACUACUACUAUAGUACUACUGUCAGGGCAGGGACAUAUAUAGAGGACCCUAUUCACAAAGCUUUAAUGAUAAUUAAAGAAAGUUUCUAAAGAAGCCUGUUUUGAUGGAUGAUAUAAAGUUUUGUAUGCAUGAAACUGGUUCUUCAAAUUACAUUAGAGUUGGCCAUGCCUUUUCUAAUGUAGGCAGUCCUUUAGACUGGUUCCUUUUGUAAUUACUCAAAUACAUCAAAACAUUCUCAAGUUAAAGCUUCGUGAAUGUGGAUCAUAAGUCACUGUAUCGGUAGAUGUCGCUCAAAGGUAAAUGACCAAGGACUGGAUAUACUGGUAAUAUUUCUCCAAUGAUGUGCUACAUAAUAUUUAUUUUCACAAACUAAGGAAACAAGCCUGAUAGCAAUGGUCAGUGGCCUUAACUAAAUAUUCAAGAUCAAUGUGAUACCUUCUUCUAUUUAUGUGAGAUGUCCAUGUGAUUCUCUGUUCAAAAGCUAUGCCUAUUUAGAUUUUUAGUGACAGAUUUAUUAAUAUCAUUUAAAUUUUUUUUUUUUUUAACCGUAAUCUUUAGUAGUUUGUUUUUUUAAUAAGCUGUGCUUGAACCACUGUAAAGGAUGUAUCGCCUUGCUACUCUCUUAACAGGGUCUAAAGAUUGCUUGUAUCUUGUCUUAUCGAAUCCAGCAGUCUCUGGUGCUGUGCAAUGAGGAAUGCUGGGUCUCAACAUCAAAGAAUCAAGAAAAGACUUUAUAAAUGAGUUUCUACCAUAGCGUCUCAACAUAUUUUAAAGUUCUUUGGAUAUUUGCCAUAUUGUAUCCUGUAUGCACGUGUUGUUUCGUAUGAUGGGACGGACGCUGCCUGUAGUAUUCACCAUGAAUCUCUUUGUUUUGUGAUGGGGAGUGUCAGCACAGAUUCAUGUUAGACUCUCUUUUUUUUCAUUAUUGUGUAGAUUUAAUUCAGUAAAAGGCAGGUUCAAUUUAAAUAAGUUUAUUAUCUUACAUGUAGCUUGCAAAGCUUGAAUCAAGAUACUAAGACAUCCAAAUCAGGUAAAAAUUACUACUCUGAAUAUAUCUAUUAACUUUUACACUCAAUAAUACUGUUUUUAAAUGUAUUGAAAAUAAUGAAAACUAAUAUAUUGUAUAGUAUUACAAAACAAUAUAGUAAUAUUUAUUUGGUGCAAUAGAUGGCGCUGUGCCACACUUUUUCAUUUACUUUAAAUAACAGCUAUUAAACACAGUCAUGACACAGUCAGUAGUGAGAACAGAACAGCACACGUGUAGAGUCAGUGUUUAUUUGUUCUGGAAGGAUACAUUUCUCUAUAAUUAUCACCUCUAAGUCUCUUUUUCUAGACUAUUAACCAGUAAUGUGAAACAUAUUUUGCAGUCUUGGAUAAGGAAGGACCUGCCAGCCUGUGUCAGAUCUGCUUUUUGUGCUGGCCUCCGUUUCUUAAAACAGGGAAAUGCAGCUUUUAUAUAUUGUAGAAUACAUUAGAGGGAUGCUAUUUUAAAUACAAGUGACCUAUUCAUGCAAGGGACAUCCUAUUUACACAAAUGUGAGUCCUACAGACGGAAUAGUUUUUCUCUAUAUCAUUUUUUUCUGUGUACAAUACAUCAUUGCACUGAAUGACAUUUUACAGUAUAACAACAUACUGUAAUAUUUUAUCUAACAGUGGUCUGGGUGGAUUCAGGUGGGGUUAAUCUAUAAAGAUGAACCACAUAGCUGGUAAAUGAAAACCCAAAAGAAACCAGUUUUGUUUUGCCUAGACCCAGAAUUAGAAGCUAUUGGACAAACUUAAAACCAGCGCUGGCGAUACAAUUGCAGUGGUGUCCUGAUUGUACUACUGUCCUGUGAGGAUCUGCAAAUCUGUGACCUCCAUACUGCUGUUGAAUGCAGUAUGGUCUGACUAGCAGAACCUGUCCCCAGGCCUUGUGGUACAGCUUAACCGGGAACUGACAGCUGAUCAGGGUCAGGGAAGGGUAGGUGUAAGAACAAGCUGUAAACUGCAAGUAAGCAGAGAGAUACCAUUGGCAGAAAGUACCGUUCUAAUAAAUGUCAUUUACAUUGAAUAAGCCCAUGCAAAACCACAGCUUUAUCAGCAAAGGCAACAGCAGGGAUCUGAAGCAAAUAUAGUGUAUUAACAUAGUGCCUUGGUACUGCCAUGGUGGAUCAUACCGUUGUGAUACCAUUGGUAUUACACCAUUGUAUUGCCACUGAUAACCAAGUAUGUUAGCUCAUACACUAAAGCACACCUCACCCACAGCCUCUCUCUCGCAGUAAGUGAUUCAGGAACUUAGAACUUUAAAUAUAUGCCAGUAGCAUAUAUUUUUAAUUUAACUGUAUUUUAAUUUACAAAAAUGAAGUAUCCUUUUACUGUCAUUAAUUGUGAAUAGCUAUCAUGCUUUUGUGUUAAAUUACCACAAUGUUUUUAACAAAUAAAUGUACUGUAAUAAUGUAUAAUUGUACUGUAUGCCAUUAAUGUCAUUAAAUGGGA